AUGAAACAGGGCGGUAGAGAGCAGCGGGCUGGCCCUCUUCGGAGCCGUCUGGAGGAAGAGCCCGAUGGGGUAAGCUGUGGAGCGAGCGGCGCAGCCCCCCGAGAUGGCACCGCAAGACUUGUCUCGAGCUCUGUCAGAAGGGAAAGGAGAAGCAUUAGCUUGGACGGUGUUCGUACACGUCCCGCAGCCUCUCCAAAACGAGAUGGGAGAACACGAUGGAGUGACGAUGAUAAUAUUAUGUUGAUGCGUGUUCAUUUUGUAGCUAGGGAAUUGGAACGGAAUACGGACUUUACUUAUAGGAAUAUACUUACGCAGACCUGGAAUGAUAUAAGACCGGAUAGACAAUUGUAUGCUUCGCUCUUGGCCAACCGAGUGAGAUGGUUGUUGGAAGAGGAAAAGUUUACUCAAAUUGAGUUUGAAAAUAUCAGAAUGAGCUGUCACCCAAGGGGUGCAGUUCCUAGGUCUGAUGGUGAACCACCAGUAGAGAAUGUAAGCCUCAGACCAGAGGAACAGAAGAAAACCAGCAAAUUGGAAGAAAAACUGGUCAGAAAUUUUGUGCGAUUCUCUGGUGUAGCAGCUGAAAGUAGACUUGCUCUCCCAAGUUUAAAGGGAUCUAGGAAAAUGCUGGAGAAGGUUGAGGCUGUGAAUACGAUCUUGCUGAAACUGAUACAGCCAGCAGACACCCUUCAGGUCAUGGUCGACUAUGUCUACGCCGCGGCCAUUACUGUCUGCGGUGAGAUGGGAGUGGAGAUCAGAGGACCACGAGUACCCAAAAAAGAUCAAACUCCACCAUGGAAAGGACGCCUUGAGACAAAAAUACAGGAGAUCCGAAAAAAAAUAGGAGUGUUACAAGCUUACCUGUCCAAUAGUCAACCAUCAACUAGAGUUUCUAAGUUGGCCCGCCGAAUAGUGUCGCACUUCGGGAUCCGAACGGGAAGCGCACAGCUCAGAGACCAAAUGAGUGCAGUGUCAGAAAAGCUGAAACAAAAAAUAAAAAUAUUAGGAAACCGAGUUAAACGCUACAACGAAAGAGCAAUGAGGUAUAAGAACAACAAAUUAUUCCAUCAGAAUCAACAGAAGUUCUUCAGAAGUCUGGAGGAAAAACCACUAGAAAGAGGAAAAGCUCCCACAAAGGAAGCAAUGCAUCUGUACUGGAAGGGAGUAUGGGAAAGUGAAAAACAAUACGACGAACAAGCCGCAUGGAUCAGGGAAGCCGAGAAAGACACAGUUAAGUACACGAGAGAAUGCUUGGAGAUCACCGAGCUAGACAUAAAGUCGGUGCUCCAAAAAACGAAUAAUUGGUCGGCCCCGGGUGUAGAUGGUGUGCAGAAUUAUUGGUGGAAAUAUUUCACGUCCACCCAUCGUCAUUUAGCCAAACUCUUUCAGGAGGCUCUGCACAAUCCGAACAUAAUACCCCGAUUUUUCACGCUGGGAAAAACUGUGAUGAUCCCAAAAGGUAAAUCCACAACAGAUCCUAAAAAUUAUAGGCCGAUAACUUGCCUGCCUACUGUUUAUAAGAUUCUGACGGGUGUUUUAACGCGUCAGCUCUGGAAACAUAUCAACAAAAACAAAAUUCUGGCUCCUGAACAGGGUGGAUGCAGAGGAAAUUCGCGAGGAUGUAAAGAAAUUCUUACAACAGAUUAUGUCAUCACCAAACAAGCCAAAAAGAAACAAAGGAACAUCUCAGUCGCUUGGGUGGAUUAUAAAAAAGCGUUUGACUCGGUCCCUCACCCUUGGCUUAUAAAGGUUCUGACAUUAUAUGGGGUUCCGGAAGAAAUGAUAAAGCUCUUGGAGUGCUUGAUGAAAUCUUGGCGAACUAAUCUUACUUUUGAAUCUGAAAACCAGCAACUAAAAACAGAUACGAUAAACAUCAGAAGAGGUAUCUUCCAGGGAGACACCCUUAGCCCCCUAUGGUUCUGUUUGGCAAUGAACUUUUUGAGCCAACUCAUUAAAAAACAAAAGUACGGGUACAUAUUGGAGAAAGAGCGCAAUGUUAAGAUCAGUCACCAAAUGUAUAUAGAUGACCUCAAAUUGUAUGCAGCCAACGAGGAAGAAAUGAAGAGGCUUCUGAAGAUCGUCACCGCUUUCACGAAGACUAUUGGAAUGGAGAUUGGAACGGACAAGUGCGCGGUAGUUCAUGUAAAGCGGGGAAAAAUACAGCAGGGCGACGGGCUGAUGGUUAUGGAAGACAUAACAAUACCAAGGUUGGGAUCGCACGAGCACUAUAAAUAUCUUGGAGUACAGCAGGCUCUGGACAUAAAAACGACUGAAAUGAAAAAUAUCUUUCGUGAGAGGUACUUUUCAAGGUUAAGGAAAGUAUUACAGUCCAAGCUCAACUCGAAAGCCAUGUUUACUUCAAUAAACAUGUGGGUCCUUCCAUGCCUGGCAUAUUCGUUCGGAAUCAUAAAAUGGACCAACGCUGAGUUGAAAGAACUAGACAUCAGAACUCGCGCACUACUUACAAAGUAUGGAAUUCACCACCCACAUGCAUCAUCCUUCCGCUUAUACGUCAGGAGGCAGGAUGGAGGACGAGGACUACAGAACAUAGAGAUUGCCCACAACAACACAAUUACAAACAUGCGAAAGUACUUUCACGACAAUAAAUUACCUAUAAUACAGUCGAUAUGUCGAUGUGAUGAGGAUAUCAGUCCACUCAAUCUCAACAACAGAGACGCGACAGUUCGCGGGCUGACGACGGAGUUACUCUUGGAGGAGUGGCACAGUAAAGCUCUCCAUGGAAGGUAUCCUGGCAGUCUACAAAAAAAUAACAUUAAUAAGAAGGAGUCACUUACCUACCUCCGGGCCGGAUACCUCUACCCAGAAACAGAGGGAAGACUCGUUGCCAUUCAGGACCAGGUCGUACCAACGAGAUCAUAUAUAAAAAAUAUUACAAUGAGGAACAUACCAACUGAUAAGUGUCGGAGAUGCUUACAGGCAACGGAGUCAAUACAGCACAUCACCUCAUCGUGUCCCAUUCUAGCGCCUCUAGAAUAUAUGGAGAGGCACAAUGCCAUGGCGAGAAUAUACCAUCAGGCCCUAGCAGAGAAAACAGGUUUGGUAACGGAGGUGGGAGAUCCGUAUAAAUACCGACCCAGCCCAGUCCUGGAAAAUGAUACGUACAAACUUUAUUGGGAUAUGGUGUUUUCAACAGAGAGGCCAAUACCGCAUAAUAGACCUGACCUGGUGCUGUUCAACAAGAGGGACAAAACCGCCAUUAUCAUGGAUAUCACAAUACCGGCAGACGACAACAUCUCUAAGGCGUUCACCGAGAAGCUCAAUAAAUACCAAGACCUAGCCUUCGAACUGAAAACCAUGCAUGCCCUGAGAUCGACGACGAUUCUGCCACUCAUAAUUUCCACCAAUGGUUUGGUCGAGGAGCACCUGGAAGAAAAUACGAUAAGACUGGGUCUGCAAAAAACAUUGAUAAGUACCGCACAGAAACAAGUUAUUCUUGGUACAGCAAGAAUAGUGCGAAGAUUCCUGACUACCUCAUGA